CCGGGCUCGCUCCCGGGAGCCAUCGCCCUCGUCGCCGGCACGACCGUCGGCGCCGGCAUGCUCGCGUUGCCCGCGGUGUGCCAGCGAAGCGGUUUCGUGCCGAGCACGUGCACGCUCGCGGUGUGCUGGCUCUACAUGGUAGCCACCGGACUCCUCCUGCUGGAGGUGAACCUGGACACGAUGUGCGACGCCGGCGGCGGAGGCGUGUCGCUCAUAUCCAUGACCGAACGAACGCUCGGUAGGAACGGCACCAGAUUCGCGUGGUGCGCGUACGUGUUCCUGCACUACGCCCUCCUCGUGGCGUACGUGUCCAGGGUGGGAGAGAUUGUCGGGGAGGCGACGCACCUGGACCGAUCAAUCUGUUCCGUCGCGUUCGCGGCGGGCCUGGGCGGGUUCGUCUACGCCGCUCCCGAUAAGACGCUGGAGAACGUCAACAACGCGCUGGUCGCCGCGGUCAUCGGCACGUUCCUACCCCUGCUGCUCAUCGCGUCCAGGAACGUGGACGUCGCGAACCUGACGUCGGUCAGCGACUGGUCGGCGGUGCCCGGCACCGUCGCCGUCAUCGCGUUGGCCUUCGUCUACCACAACGUCAUCCCCGUCGUCGCGACACAGCUGGAAGGGGACCGAAACAGGUCCCGUCUCGCGUUGAUCGCCGGGACCGCGAUCCCGUUCGUCAUGUUCACGUUGUGGGACGGCGCGGUGCUCGGCGGCGUCAGCGCCGAAGACCUCGCCGCCGGGGUCAACCUGGACCCGCUGUCGACGCUGCAGGGAAUGUCGCCCGCCGCGUCGGGCCUGGUCAAGUCGUUCAGCGUCUUCGCCAUAAGCACCUCGUUCCUCGGAUUCGUGCUGGGCUUGGUGGACUUUUUGUCCGACGGGUUCGGGUGGAGAGAGGAGGGCGACGCGAGGCCGUACGCGGCGACGCUGAUACCGCCGACGAUAUUCGCGGUGAGCAAUCCGGAUGUCUUCCUCUCCGCUCUGGACACGGCCGGCGCGUUCGGGGUCCUGACGCUCUUCGGGUGCCUGCCCCCGGCGAUGGCGUGGGCCAACCGGCACGGCGAGGGUUUGGGGGACGCGUGCGCGGCGCGAAGGGAGGAGAUGUGCGGGGUGUUGGACCCGCUGGUGCCCGGCGGGAGGGUCAGCCUCGGGCUGCUUUUCGGAGCCGCGGCGGCGGUUGUCGCGAGCGAGGCUGUC